UCUUGACUGCGCAUUCUGUUUUAAUGAGCAGGCUCGGAGGUGCUCCAGCUGCUGUCAUGGUUCGUUCGCUAAACUGCAUCGUCGCUGUGUCCCAGAACAUGGGCAUCAGCAAGAACGGGGACCUGCCCUGGCCGCCGCUCAGGAAUGAAUUCAGAUAUUUCCAGAGAAUGACCACAACCUCUUCAGUAGAAGGUAAACAGAAUCUGGUGAUUAUGAGUAAGAAGACUUGGUUCUCCAUUUCUGAGAAGAAUCGACCUUUAAAGGGUAGAAUUAAUUUAGUUCUCAGCAGAGAACUCAAGGAACCUCCACAAGGAGCUCAUUUUCUUGCCAGAAGUCUGGAUGAUGCCUUAACACUUACUGAACAACCAGAAUUAGCAUAUAAAGUAGACAUGAUUUGGAUAGUUGGUGGCAGUUCUGUUUAUAAAAUACACAGGUGUUCUCUCUGAUGUGCAAGAGGAGAAAGGCAUUAAGUACAAAUUUGAAGUAUAUGAGAAGAAUGAUUAAUAUGAAGGUGUUUUCUGGUUUAAGUUGUUCUCCCUCCCUCUAAAAAAAGUAUGUAUUUUUACAUUAGAAAAAAAGUAUUUUGUUGACUUUAGAUCUAUAAUUAUUUCUAAGCCACUUGUUUUUAUUCCCCACUACUCUUGACUCUAUCAGAUCCAUUUAUGAAACAUUCUUGCUAUAAAUAAGUGCUUCUCCAAGACCCUGACUGAGUCCCCAGCACUUGCUACAGUGAGCUGCCUUUCCACACCCAUCACAUGUGACACCCUUGCCAGUCCUUGACAUUGUCGGGCUUUUCAAAUGUUGGUAAUAUUUAUUAAAGAUGAAGAUCCACAAA